UGAAUGCAUCAAAAACCAAAGAAAUAAUCAGAAACAUUUGAGUUCCAGUGGUUCACAUGAGAACUGUCAGUGUGUGGACUUACUUGUAGGUGUGGACGUGGUUUAGAAAUGAAAAGGUGCGGUGUCCAAAAAAAAAACACCAGCAUGAAAUGGAAAAAGAAGCUCUGGUGCACUACAGGUUGGAGAAGAGAUCAUAAAAAUAAUCGUGUGGAAUUUAAAAUGAAGUCCGUUCUGAUCGCAGUGUUUUUAUACAUUUUGUCCACAUCUCUUCAGGAAGAAUGUUUAGGUCAAUUCAUCCCAGCGGAUAUUUACAAUGGUGGACUCAGGAACGUGAAGGAAAACGAAGAAGUCAGAUUUAAGUGCAAAGUUGAUAAAAUGAAAGAAAACACAAUCCAUAUGUACCUCUUCAAAAAUGAUGAGAAAGUCAGGAUGAAUGUUCUUGAACCUCCAAAUGACGAUACAGUAUUUUUCUUUCCUAACGUCACUGUAGAACAUUCUGGAUUGUACAAAUGUCUUUACUCUAAAGACAAACUCAAUGCAAGUCAAACAAAUGCAACAGGACACAACAUCUCACUCGAAGUUUUGGGAAAAAUAUUACCAGCAAAGAUUAAUGGAAGCACAACAGUAAAAAAGGAAGAGACUUUGCAACUGAUCUGCACCAAUAGAAAAAUUCAAAAUUGUACUCGAGUCUAUGUUUAUCUCUGUUUAAAUGGGAUCAGAAACAAGAAGCAGCAGGUGAAUUGUAGCAAUAUGACCAUUUCCACAACAUUUUUCCUACCUAACGUUUCUGAAACAAACUCUGGGAACUACAGCUGUGUGUAUUCAGUGUCUAACUACAAUCUUAACGAAGGGAACAAUGUCGGAGAAAACACCAUCUCUGUUCAAGUGCUUGAAAGAAACCAUUCUAAUCAUCUGAGUACAAUAAUUAGUGUUUCGGUUGCUGCCCUAGUAGUUCUUUUGGGUCUGUUGGGAUUCUGUUGGUACCGGGACAUAAUUUCUUUCAGGCUGUGCCAAGAUCCUGCUGUCAGAAGCGUUCCAAACAGCGAGCCAUUCUACCAUGAGGUCAUGACAGAUACGUUCUACAUGAAUGACAAUGGAGUGCUGUUUUCUGGUGAACAGCCUUGGGAAAGUCCAGGGGGAGAUUUGGUGAAUGGUGUAAAUACUUCAUACUCAGUACAAAAGCAUGGAGGUGAACAACCUGUGGACAAUAAUAUGGAGCUAAAUAUGGAGGGAGUCUGUUAUGACAGUGUAAAACCGCCAUAUGCUAUUGUUAAGAGAUGCAAAGACAAAACUGGGGAUGAGCAAGUAAUGCAAAGCUUCGGCUGCCAAACUAAUGUGAUGUACAGCAUGGUGGAGCACUGAGCAAAAGACAAGAUGGAGCUAAAAACCAAUGGCCAAAUUCUCCAUACACAUCACUUCUUAUCUUUAAUGCUGUAUUCUGCAAUUUUCAUGAUAUAAUUAUCUCUUUUUUUCAUGUAUUUGUGAUUUAUUUAAUUGAUAAGGACACUUAGUAAACCUGAACACUGAUACUGUGAUAGUAAAAUGACAGGAAUAAGCAUCUUGGGUGGCAUUUUUGUACAUAAAGUAGAAAUAUUUGUAUAAAUAUCAAAAUAAACAGUGAAAUAUGUCAA